ACGACGCAGAGGACACAGGACGACGAGCUCGUUAGACCAUUCAGUUCAACUCGGCUUUGACUAUCAAACCAUCCUUCUUGACAAUCUGUACACCUCUUCGAUCGUCACUCUCCGCUCGUUACAAGAAGAAUCGUGCUCCCACCUCUCUCAAGAUGGGUUUCCGCUUCCUCGAGCUCGUCCGCCCGUUCAUGGGUAUCCUCCCCGAGGUGACCCCGCCCGACAGGAAGAUCCCCUUCAACCACAAGGCCCUCUGGACAGCGACCACCCUCCUCAUCUUCCUCGUCAUGUCCCAAGUACCCCUCUACGGGAUCAUGUCCUCGGACUCGUCCGACCCGCUCUACUGGAUGAGGGUCAUCCUGGCUAGUAAUAGGGGAACCUUGAUGGAGCUCGGAAUCACGCCCGUCUUGACAAGUGGAAUGAUCAUGCAGUUGUUGGCCGGGGCUCAGUUGGUAGAGGUGGACUUUUCGUUGAAGGAGGAUAGGGUCCUGUUCAGCGCCGCUCAGAAGCUCUUCGCGCUCAUCAUCGCGUUCGGCCAAGCGACCGUCUACGUCCUGACCGGCUUGUACGGACCUCCCGGUUCUCUCGGAGCCGGUGUCGUCCUUCUCCUCAUCCUUCAACUUGUCGCUGCCGCCUCGAUCGUGCUCUUGCUCGACGAACUCCUCUCCAAGGGCUACGGUCUCGGAUCCGGUAUCAACCUGUUCAUCGCUACCAACAUUUGCGAGUCCAUCGUCUGGAAGGCCUUUUCCCCGCGAACUAUCAACACCGGCAGGGGACCCGAAUUCGAGGGUGCCGUCAUCGCCUUGUUCCACAUCAUGUUUACCUGGAACGACAAGACCCGAGGCUUGAAGGAGGCCUUUUACAGGGAAAGGUUGCCCAACAUCAUGAACCUCUUGUCUACCGCGCUCGUCUUCGCCGCGAUCAUCUACCUCCAAGGGUUCCGACUCGAGAUCCCCGUCAAGAGCGCCAAGAACCGAGGGGUUCGAGGAGCUUACCCGAUCAAGCUGUUUUACACUAGCAACAUGCCCAUCAUGCUCGAGAGUGCCUUGACCAGCAACGUGUUCUUGGUCAGCCAGAUGUUGUUUGCUAGGUUCCCUAGCAACCUUUUCGUCAAGCUGCUCGGUGUUUGGGAGCCCAUGGAAGAAGCCUCGGGUCAACUCGAAGCCGUCUCCGGUCUCGCCUACUACAUCUCGGCUCCUCGAAGCAUCACAUCGGCCCUGCUCGACCCCCUGCACACCGUCCUUUACAUCCUCUUUAUCGUCUCGGCCUGUGCCAUCUUUAGCAAGACCUGGAUCGAAGUCUCCGGUUCCGGUCCUCGAGAGGUCGCCAAGCAGCUCAAGGACCAGCAGAUGGUCAUCGCCGGACACCGAGAGGGAAGCAUCUACAAGGAGUUGAAGAGGAUCAUCCCGACCGCCGCGGCCUUUGGAGGUGCGACGUUGGGAUUGUUGAGUUUCACUGCGGACAUGAUGGGCGCUCUGGGGAGCGGAACGGGGAUCUUGAUGGCCGUGACCAUCAUCUACAGCUACUGGGAGAUUGGUAUGAGGGAGACUCAGGCGCCUGAGGGUGCUUCGAUGGGAGACAUGAUCUUCUAAGCGGGGAAUGACAAAGUCUAGGUCGAUCUGGGGGAAAGAAGAUCGCGCGCGGGAGAUACCAGGGCGGGGGGGGGGACGCAGACCAGGGGGGUCUAAGGCUAGAUGCAAAUCGCCCUCCCGAGUCGGGAGAAGAAAACAUGAAUCUCGCAAAAUCACAAAUCACACAUCGCAUCAUGGCUUUUGGGAGCUUUCGAUGGCUUUUCGCAUCUGUUUUUGUUCUGUUAGCAGGAUUCAUUUGAGUUCGAAAUGCGAUAUUCAUCAUGUGUUCGUCAUUUGCUACAAC